CGACGGCGACUGCGAGCCACUUUAUGAUCAAUCUCCCCAGUCGGCCACUCACACCAACAGGCACGGCGCUGCUCCGGCUACCGCCCAGGGCCGUCCUUACAGCGCUGAGCAGAUUCGCCUGUGGCGCAAUUUACUCAGCCUGUUCCCUGACAUCAUUGCCGCCCAUAACGGUGCAGAGAUAGGUACGGAUAUGCUACGUCAUUUGUUGAGAUCGUCCGCGAACGCGGCCGCCCAGGAGGAUAUCGUCGAGACCUUGGACAUGCUUGGAGACUCAGUUGUGGCAACGGACGUGGAUAUUCUGCUUGAUUACAUCAUCUUCACAUGCGUUCGGGAUGAGGAGGACCAAGCACAGCGAGAGAGAGAGGCGCGGCUGUGGACGCAGCAGGGCGCUGAGCAUCCUCGUCAGCAGCAGAUUGAAGGUGUGUCUGGGGGCUUGCGGUUCCUGAGGACCCACAACGCCUGCAAUGUCAUGUGAUUUGGCCCGUGCUGGCGCGAGCUGGUCAUGUUUUUUGAGCUCGUGUCACUAGAGGCACAUGCAUUGAGAACAG